AUGGAUGCUGGCACAGUGGGCGUGGAUCCUGGCACUGUGGGCAUGGAUGCUGGCACAAAGGGCGUGGAUGCUGGUACAGUGGGCAUGGAUGCUAGCACUGGGGGCAUGGAUGCUGGUACAGUGGGCAUGGAUGCUGGCACUGGGGGUGUGGAUGCUGGCAUUGUGGGCAUGGAUGCUGGCACUGGGGGCAUGGAUGCUGGCACUGGGGCAGGGAAGAUGGCACUGUGGAUGUGGAAGCUGAUCCGCAGCCAGAGCAAAGCGUCGGGCUCCGGGCUCUGUGAAGGGGAUGAAGUGGUCUCCAUCAACGGCAACCCAUGUGCGGACCUCACCUACCCGCAGGUCAUCCAGCUCAUGGAGAGCGUGGCCGACUCACUGCACAUGCUCGUCAAACGACCUUCCGGCGGAAUAAGGGAGACUUUGGCCUCUGAAACGGAAAACCAGACCCCUGAGCGUCUCCCCGCCGAGGGGUGCGUGGAAAGCACCACCCUGCAGAUCCGCCCGGCCACGCACAGCCAGGACUCCGAGCCCCACCUCGACUCCCACCAGAGUGGCACCCCCCUGGCUGAGAACUCGGAAAGCGGUCCCGCUUUUUCUGGGAGCAAAACAGAAGAAGAAACGGGCCUGAGUUACACCGACGCGCCCCACACGCCUGGCCCCCCAAGAGGACGUGAGGCAGAGGAGGGGCUCUUGGUGGAGAGGAAGGCAGCGGUGGGCUGGCCCGGCCCCGUGGUUGAGCUACAGCUGUCCCUGCCCCAGGACAUGGGCACGGCCCCCGGGGCCCCCGCCCUGGCCCUCCCGGGAGCUGGCACACCUCGGAGCCCUGACCCAGACCCCAAGGCUGUGCACAUAAACUCAAUCCUGCUUCUGAAGCGAACCGCCUGCAGCCUGAUGAUGCCGCAGAAGGGGGCUGACGGACAGGGACAUGUGGCGGCGGCAGUUACACGAUCCGCCCGCCGCCAGCCCGCACCGGCCGCCAGGCGUCCCACCGCCUCUGCAUGCCCAGGCCAGCCCCGGGGCCACGUGGAGCGUUUAAAUGCCCUCACACAGAACACGGCCCCCACCCCGGCCGGGAGCGCCUGGCAGGUGGGCGCCGUGGGCCCGCCCAGCGAGCUCCCCGGGAUGCAGGGGAAAGGGGCCCAGCUCUUCGCCAAAAGGCAGUCGAGGAUGGAGAAGUACGUGGUGGACUCCGACACCGUGCAGGCCCACGCUGCUCGCGCCCAGUCCCCCACGCCGUCGCUCCCCGCGGGUUGGAAGUACUCCUCCAAUGUGCGAGCGCCGCCCCCGGUGGCCUACAACCCCAUCCACUCGCCCUCCUACCCGCUGGCGGCUGUCAAGUCCCAGCCUUCCGGCCCGCAGGCCUCCAAAACCAGCAAGAAGAAGGGCAAGAAGCCGCUCAACGCUCUGGAUGUCAUGAAGCACCAGCCCUACCAGCUCAAUGCAUCCCUGUUCACUUUCCAACCCCCAGAGGCCAAGGCAGGCCUCCCCCAGAGGUCGCCGGCCAAGGUCAACGCCGGGCCGGCCCCCAGGCAGGCCUUCCCGCCCCGGGCCAUCAAUGCCAGCUCGCCCACUAAUGCCAGCUCGCCCACCAACGCACAGGCCGCGUCCGUGUACUCGCUGCCGGCCUACAGCCCCCAGCCGGCCUUCUUCCCCGAGGCCGCCUCCCCGGUCAGCGCAUCCCCGGUGCCCACGGGCGUCCCCGGCUCUCCAAAGCAAGAGGUGGCCUCCACGGCGUAUUUGGUGGCACCGAGGCCCAAGUUCUCGGCCAAGAAGAGCGGCGUCACAGCGCAGGAGAGUGGACGCUCCCUGUCUCUCCCGGGAAGACCCGUCCCACCCACCGUUUCUGCAACACCUGCCUGGUGGCUGCAUGCCUCUUACAGGCAGCCUUCCAGGAAUGAUUCUUGGAUGACAUCCCUGGAGACCCGGUCCGAGUACUGCCUGUCGGCAGCCGAGGGCAACUACAACCCCCGCCCCCGGGGGUGGAGACGCCCCACAUGAGGCAGAAGAUGGGUCGUGGGCCCCGUCACGGUCUCUUUCAGCGAUGUCCCUUGGCAGGGCCUCUGACGGAUGCGGUAGCUUUAGAUUCACUUUGGUCUUAGCGUGUUCUCGAAGUCACCUGAGGGUGUGUGUAUGUGUGUGUGCGUGCACGCGUGAGCAUGGAUCAGGCCCGUGUCUGCUGACGCACAGAACCUCUUUGAAGAGAAAAAUCCAUUCCCAGUGUGGAUAUGCUGGCUGGCAUCUAACCCAUCACUGUAAUCCCACAUCUGCCUCGGGGAGCGGGGAGUCUCGCACCCGAAGCCCCUUGGGUACCACGGAGGAAGCGCUUUCCUCUGUGCGGCCCUGUCCAGGCAGGAGCGCGUGAGACACAGCGCCCACGGCCGCGAGCAGCAACGCCGGAGACUGUAACGGUGGAAGCUCUCAGCAGAGCCGGGCAGCGAGGGCUACAUUCACCACGAGCCCCUGGGUGUUAUUUGAAGCCUUUCGCAGAAACAUUUCAAAAAAUCGAAUAAAAUUCAGGUGACUUUGUAGAGCGGCCACAUCGGCAUUCUCAGAAAGAAAGAGCUGCCUGAGAGGAAGGCAGUUAGUUAUACGUUGCAGAAGGACGUUUGAGGUGAACGGUGUCACGUGUGGGGAAUAGAAAGGCCUAGGUAUGGGGACCGGGGGUGCCUUUAAUCCAGCUACAGCCAGCGGCCUGAGACCGGGCGCACCGGGGUUCAGGCGCCCCCGCUGGUCAGGUGGUCUAGUCUCAUCUCCUCACCAGCUCUGACACGAGAAGCUUCUCUCAUUGGUAGAAUGAACUCUGAUGUGUUCAUUAUGCAUGUUUGCUGCUCAUCACGUGCACAUGGGCUGAGCCCCAGAAGAGAUUGAGGUCCUCGGUGGUACUGCCCGUCUUACGAAGGUCUGAGGAAUUGUUGGGUGGCAGGUUCUGGGCUCCGCGUUACGUGGAGUGAGGUCGACAUGAAUGAGCAAACUGCUGGUGGAUUUAAGGAAGUGGCGGAGGGAUGUGUCUGGCGUUAUGCAACCGAGGUGGUGACCAUCCCUUUAGUUAUAGGAAACCGUGUUUCUUUACGAAGCUGUCUCUAGGCUGUCCC